AUGUGGUGGCAGAUGUUUGUCUCCAGUUGGAAUGGAAUCUCCAUGCUUUCUGGUCCAAUGAAUUCACCGGCAGAUGUUGAGGUCUUUUCAGAUGCCUCUGGUUCAUGGGGAGGCGGUGCAUUCUGUUUUCCCCAAUGGUUUGCGUUUAAAUGGCCGCUUGCCUUGGAGUCCACCUCCAUUCAGGUGAAAGAACUGAUUCCAGUUGUCAUGGCAGCGGCCUUGUUUGGAAGUAGCUGGAAGGGAAAACUUGUGGUGUCCUCUGUCAAUAAUGAAGCGGUAGCCUACAUCCUCAAUAAGACCCACAGCAAAGAGAGCCAUCUUAUGCAUCUCAUCAGACUGCUCGUGUUCUACGCAGCUCAUUUUGACUUUUGGUUUCGUGCCGAGCAUAUCCCAGAGAAGAGAAACUCGCUUGCUGAUGCCCUAUCAAGAGAUAAUAUUAAUUAUUUCUUAUCGCAGGCUCCUCACUUCCAUACUCAGCCAGUAUCAGUUCCUCCCUCUCUCCUACCGCUGGUAGCUCUAGACGAGUAA